CGCCUUCAUCUGGACCUGCUGGGGCCUAUAUAACAUAAGUCGUUUUGAAAGGUGGACAUUACAUAGGUUUUUUGGAAGUUACGUUUGCUCUGCAGCCUGCAUCUCUGACAGAGCCAGCACUGAGUAGCAGCGUGGGCCCGGUACUCAGAGAGCCGAGACCCCCAUCGGUCAGCUGAUGCGGGCAUUCCUUUCUUCUUCGCUGGAGAAAGAGAGUGGAAGCCAGCACUGAGGAGGUUCUCCUUUAGUCCUGGAAGAAGGAGGCGGUGACUAAUUGGCAGGAGUGAGGAACCCCCCCCCCUCCCCAAAAGGGCAGCUUCUCUCCAGCCGUGGUGCCGAGCUAGAAGAGCACUACUCAGCCACCACUGGGAGGGUUCAGUGGUCCGGGGCGAUGGACACCAGUGUAUGUGCUCUGGAGCUCCUGGGUGCCUUCUUCUCUGUGCUGGCCUGGGUCUGCUCGCUGGCCACCACCAUCACCCCUUGCUGGAUGACACUGUCUACAGACCUGCUGCCCACAGAGAUCUAUGAACUGGGGCUGUGGGAGACCUGCGUGGUACAGGAGCCUGGCAGCAUGGAGUGCCGUCCGUAUGACAGCCUGCUGGGACUUCCCCUGGACAUCAAGCUGGCCCGAAUCCUGAUGUGCGUUGCCGUGGUGACCGGGCUCCUCGGGGUGCUGCUGUCCAUCCCUGGGCUGCGUCUGGUCAACAGUUGCCAGGGCGAGGAGGAGCACAGGGCCAAGCGGGCUUUCAAGUUGCUGGGCGGCGCCUUCUGCGCACUGGCUGGCGUGGCGGUCCUCAUCCCCGUCUCCUACGUGGCCCACCUGACGGUGCUGCGCUUCUUCGAUGAGUCGGUGCCGGAAGUGGUGCCGCGCUGGGAGUUUGGCGACGCUCUGUUCUGCGGCUGGGCGGCCGGCUUCCUCCACCUGGUGGCUGCGGUGCUGCUGCUCGCCUCCUGCCUGCACACGCCGGGGAGGUCCCCUUUGGUGGCAGCCCGGUGGACGCGAGCAUCCUGCGCCCUAGACCGCACUGGGAAAAGGUCAGAGUACGUGUGAACUCCCACCCCCCAGCACCAACGCCCCGCUGAGCCCUGAAUCAAAGAGCACCUACUCUUCCUCACCGAAGUGUAAAGCUACCAUUUUUCUCAUGAUCUGCCACAUGUCUAUUUAACUACAAUCUUCUGGUGUUGUAAACGGGGUGAGUCGUGAGUAAGCAGUGACUGGGCCGGUAUGAGAUGCAUUUCCAAGAAGGACUUGUAUUUUUUAAAAACACUUCUUUCUCAAGCAGUGAUGAAGGAUUCGCUGUUGCUCUCCCUAGAAUUUUUCCCCAAUUUUUCUGACUUUCACAAUGAAUCAUUUUCUAUGUGACAACUGGCCUGAUUUGCUUAAAUCCAUUAGUAGAACAGAAGAAAAUGUUUAAGAAAUUAGUGGUGUCUUCUGGGGGUUCUAAGCAUGUUUUAUGAUGUGAGAGUGAUGUGGCCACUGGAUGGGGUGAAUCAGCACUUACCAAAGUACCAGAGAGGAUGGAGGCUGAGAAUUAGGGGAAAUGCAGGUGAUUUAAAGCAAAUUGUAUUAAUUCUAUCUUAUUAAAAUUGACCAUUUUUGCAGAUGUUAAAUAUAUGUAUGUGUGUGUAUACAUGAAAACACAUGGUGCAAUAUUAGAGUGAUUAUAUUUUAGCAAGAGACGUGAUCUUACCUAAUCAGCAAAUAUCUAUAGUUAGAUUAACACUUAUGGUAAAUGUUCUCCAUUUUUCUUGUAGUGGUCUGUACUUGUGGAAUAAAAUCCCACAUAUUCAAACGGGAAGAAUGUAAAAUUAUUGUGAUUUUAUGUAUAAAAGGGCAAAUAUA